UCCCGGCAGCUAAAGUAGUUGGGCGUGUGCCCCGAAUUCAUACGGAAAAUAUCGCCUAUUUCGCGGUAAAUACCACAGAGAAAAUAUCGUAGGUUUGUUGUAAAACCUAGCUGGUGCUCUUAUGAUGAAAUUCUGACCAAAGGUUUGGAGUGAUUUGUGUGGAAAAUUAUUUUUGGGGGCAAGAUUUUAUGCAACGUCUUGGCUGACCCUAGGAAGAUCAGACUCUCCUCUUCAAGACUACAACCCGUCAAUAUCAGGUGCAUAUACGACUUUGGUGAUGCAGCAAGAAAUAAUUUGAUUUAAGCAGUCAUGGCAGAAGAAUACCAGUGCUCCCUCGUACCCGAGGGUUUUAGGAACGUCCAGAAUUCCGACACGGAGUCUGAAUCAGAACACCAGAGCUCCGUCCUCCCCUUCACUAGCCUCAGCCAGGACAAAUCAGACUCCAAAGACGACUCAGGCUUCUACGAAUCAGGGACCCUCUCAGGUUCUAGUGUUAGUCAUGAUCAGACGUCCACUGCCACUAUAUGUGGGCCCACCGAGGAUCAAACCAGCUCAGGAACUGAAUUCAAAAAGCCAAAACCAACCCCCAAGAAGGCAGCUAACCUCACAUUGCUGACCAACCUGCCCAUCGAUGCAGCCAGCGCGUCAGAAAACGGUGUGCCGGUAACUCCAACAAAACCGGCUGACGGCCAGGAACCUGUGACACCGCUCACGCCGACGGCAAACCUUAAGCUGCUCAUGAGUGCGAUCAGUCCGGAUAUCCGUACGCGGGAACUACAGAUGAAGAGCACGACAAACCUCCAGUCGCUGUUUAGCGCGCUGAGCCCCGACAUGAAGAGCCAGGAGCUGGAGUUGAAGAAGAAGGAACUGUUUCCACGGAAACCAAGGAAAGGAGCAGAGAAGGAAGCAUCGUCUCAGACAUCCUCUCAAGACGAUGAUGACCUGGAGAUUGAAGAGGGCGAGAAACCAGUCAGCAGGAAGGAGAAGUCACUGGGACUAUUAUGUCAAAGAUUCCUCUCCAAGUUUCCUGAUGACCCAGAGCCAGGUGCGGCAAAGGAAAUUUGUUUAGACGAAGUUGCCAAGGAUUUAGGUGUUGAGCGGAGAAGGAUCUAUGACAUCGUGAAUGUCCUGGAGAGUGUUCAGGUGGUCAGUCGUCUGGCCAAGAACCGCUACAACUGGCAUGGCAGGACCCUGCUCAACAACACUCUGUCACGACUUAAGGUCCAGGGCCUUGAGAUGAAGUAUGAUGAGAUGAUGGAGCAGGUGAAACAGCAGGAGGAGGAGGAUGAGUUUGAGCCGAGAUCUCGCAAGGCGCCGCUCCACGUCAACAAGGACAUGAACAUGCCUAACCGCACAGGCUACCGCUUCGAUGCCUCUUCUAUCCUGAAAGCUGGUGCCACUGCCAUUGCCAUGAGUCGUAGAGACAAGUCCCUCGGGGCCAUGAGCCAGAAGUUCAUCAUGCUGUUCUUGGCUUCAAAUGUGAAGGACAUCUCCCUGGAGACGGCUGCUAAGGUCCUGAUUGGAGAGGGAGGACCCUGCGCUGACGAGAACUCCAAGUUCAAAACUAAGAUCCGGCGCCUGUAUGACAUUGCUAACGUGCUGACGAGUCUGAAGCUGAUUAAGAAGGUUCUGGUUCAGGAGGACCGCGGGAAGAAACCGGCCUUCACCUGGAUUGGGCCUGACCCUGACAUUGACACAUUCCAAAUGGAGGAGAAUGCUGAAUCUGCUGAGCCAGCAGUUAUGAGCCAAGGAACCAUGUACGGGACAGCUGCAGUACACAACACACAAGAUCUUGGUGUGCGUGUGUUUGCCCCUGCGGGUACAGACAACCCCCGCGGUCUGACCCGCCACGCCUCCUUCCAGGUCCCAGCAGGAACUGCAGCCAACAUGGAACAGAAACCCUUCUCCUCUGCACCCAACAGUCCUGUUAAAGAACCACCGCAGCAGUUCCGCAUGACAGAGCGUAUGCAGCAGCUGAUGGCUAUCUGUCGUCUGGAGCAGGAGGUGAACCAACGAGAGGAGGACCGACAGCGCUCGCUCAAACGACAGCUGCUCGAGUGUCAACAGCAGAACGCAGAGCCGCCUGCUAAAGUAGCGAGAGGAGAGGUAGAACAACCAACAGAAAUUACAGUCAUCAAGAAGGAAGUCCCAAGGCUGAUACCGAUGUCAUCGCUACACCCCAUCUCGCAGUCAGCACAGGACGCCAAACCCAUUGCCAUGGUAACGCAGUGCACCAAGGUGUACAGACCCAUCCUACCAGCCAACAAGAUCCGCCUGGCAGCCACAGUCAGUACUGCAGCACAGACCGGGAACACUGUCACAUCCACAGCAGAUGCGAGCCACACCCUCAUCCUUCAGCCUGUGCAGAACUGCCCUCGGGGGACCGCCGCCAGGAUCGUCCUCUCGCCCAGCAAGGCUGCCAAUCAAGCCGUCACCAUGACAACCACGGGACAGCCCCUGACCACGACCAUGUCCCUGUCCAACCUCCUCAGCACCAUGGCUCAGAGCAACGCGGCCAAGCUGUCCGUACAGCUGAAACCGAACUGUUUACCACCACAAAGCACCACAACAACGUUUCAGGAACAAGUCAGCAUGAUGUCACAGCCUCAGGAAAGUAAGGAGGGAGUGCCGAAGCAGGCGAACAUGACCAACAGCCCCUUCACCCUGCUGCAGAGUGCCAACAGCGCGUUCACGGCGACCGCGCGGUACCUUAACGUCGGAUCACAGGGUGUGAGCGCUGCAGCCAUACCUUCUAGCAUCGUGGUGACGCUACCGGAUGGAGUUGUGCAAAGUCAGCUGGUAACAUCGACGGCUGAACCUGCUCCAGCUAGGAGAAGUGGGCGACCUGUCCAGCCAAAGCGCCUUGGCGACGAAUUCGAGUACAUUCCCGUCGUGAAACGUCGGAGGGUGGGGGAAAGCGCUGGAGGCACCCAACAAGAGGAUAGUAAAGAAGGAACAUCAGAGGAGGGGGUUAUAUGUCAAAGUGAAAACAAAAGCCAAGGAGCAAGCCCAAGUCGUUCUGAAUCUGACAAGGAAAAUGCCUCUCCAAGUGAACGCCUAAAUAAGGAGCUAGAGAAAGCACAUGAUCAGAAGCAGCUGUUGGUUAGCCACAAGCCUUCUCCCCACAGAGCCUUGCAUCUUAGUCCAGAGUUCCAAAACUCCUCACCACCCGCCAAAAGCCACACCUCACCCACCAAUGUCGCAUCUGACAUGGACUUAGCUGUCCCCAUUGAUGCAGAGGAGGAACAACAAGUUACUGAUCAAGAAGGCAAAGUAGACUCGCAGCAUCAAAGCAGGCAAGAUCAAAGAGAAACUCAAACCUCCGCCCUCCCUCAGCCCUUUACUCAAAGCUGGCCAGUGGAUCAGCAGGUGGUUGACAGAAAAGAAGCCUCCACAUCGGAUGUUCCACAAGCAGCCAUGUUUCCACCAGAUCUGCUCACCACAAAGGUGAUCCCAGUCAUCGCGUCUCCCUACCAGCCGGUCUUCCUGAACCGCAGCGCCAGCAGUUCUCCCGUGGGCUUCUUCAGCCGACCAGUGUCGUUCUCGGACCUGGAGCACGUGUACUCCCCGACGGGACAGGUCCUCCCCAUCCCCACAUCCUUCUCCUCGUCUCCCUCCCUGCUACAGAGCAUCAGCGGCUCUCCCCCUCAGCUGGCCAUGUUUGGGCCAACCCUACAGCAAGCCGCCAGCCUAGUCACCCCCCAGACCAGCCCCCUACACCACACCAGCCCGCCUCACACCAGUCCCAACCAGUCGCCACUAGUCUUCCCCUCAGCCAUUGUGCCAAGCAUCGCACCCGGAGGAAGCCCUACUACCGCCCUUCCUGUUGCCAUAACAACGGGGUCAUCGACCUUCGGUUUCACCUUCCAACAGCUGAGAGGAAUGGGGGUCACGACCCAGCCUGUUCACAUCGCCCUCAACCCGUCCUCCCACUUGCCAAUCAACCAGGUUGCCGGUGGCAACACCACCACUUGCACCUCCAGCCAAUCGCAGACCAGCACUGUACCGAUGGUGUCAAUCGGCCAGGUCGUUAGCGGCAACACGUCUCCCGGAAGCAGCCAAGUGCCUCUUGUACUGGGUCAAGGGUCAUCCUUGCGACCUGAGUUUGACCCCCUCAUCAAAACCCCAAAUGCCAACUCGGUCAACAAGGACAGUACUUUCUUUCACAACACGCCAUUGGUUGUCCCAGCUCAGACAGGCAUUCUUUCCUCACCAACAGCCAAUCAGAGCACAGGACACUUUGGAACAGCUCAGCGGAAGCUGUCCCUGCCACAUGAUCCUUGCGCAGAAAGCUCAUAAUACCAGAACAGUACAGCUGCUUUUAAUUUCAUUACUUUUUUGGCCAUCUUUACUUUAUUUCAUAUUUAGCAUCUUUACAUUGUUAGAAAUCAUAUUCAUUUGGUUUUCUCCACGUAAAUAAUUGCUUGUUUUUCUUCAGAAGAACAUAGCAUGGUCUUCAAUAGCUGCAAACUCUUGCACAUUCCACUUGAUAAACAUGCAUAUCACUGUCUGAAUGUAAAUGUAUUGACAAUUAAUCGGCUCUGAAAGGAGAUUGUUUCGUAGUGGAAUAAACAGUGAAACUUGGUGCUGUUAAGAACAUAGCUUAUAGGAAAAUGAAGGACUUGUGAAAUAGUGUUGAUUUUCCUUGGAAAACUCAGAAUAUGACCAGCUUGUAUGAAUUUUGUAUGUUCUCUGGUCAUAUGCAGGCAUUUCUAUGUAAAAUUUGGCAGUUUUUACAUUUUCUUUCACUACCAUUAUUUUCUAUUUAGAAUUAUAGUUUAUGUAGUCUUUAGCUCAAAGCAAAUGUAGACUGCACUUGUUUGAUUCAGAUAUAAAUAAUUGUACCUAAUUUGAUAUUUAUUGCUUCUAUGUAAGCUUUUGUAAUCACCUUAUUGUAGAGUGAUCUAGAGACACACUUUGCUUAAAGUUAUGAUUUUUUUUACACACAAUGGAGUGAACAAUUACAUUGUGCUGCUAUCAAUGCUAUACAUUUUCCACACAGCAAGAGUGAUGAUUGUUGUUGGAAAAAAAACUUGACUUUUAUUACUUGAUUGUCCUAGAAACUGCCAGGUACUUUGUACCAUAACAGCCUACUUGAAAAUAUUUCUGUGAUUUAGUGUGUUUUAUAUAUUAUAUGUAUAUUAUUGUUGCCUUUCAAUUGGCUGCGAAAUAAUUU